CUGUUAUCUACUUGGAAGGUCGUACGUGUUAUCAAAUUCAGAUUCACAAGAAGGUCGUCCGGAGAGGCCUCGCAAAAUAAGUAGCUUUUUGCUACCAUCUCUUUGCCUCGUCAAGUCAAAGUAAUCAAUCUCCUUCCGCUAUGGAGAAAGAGCUAGUGGAGCUGUUUGAAGCCGCCAAGAAGGCGGCGGACGUGGCGGCAGUGGACGGAACAUCGUCGAGUGGGCCGGAGGUUACGCGAUGUGUCGAUGCAUUGAAGCAGCUUAAGAGCUUUCCUGUCACGUAUGACAUUCUUGUCUCCACCCAGGUAGGGAAACGUCUUCGACCUCUCAUGAAACAUCCUAGGGAGACGAUACAGAAUGUGGCUUCUGACUUGCUUGAGAUUUGGAAGAAAAUAGUCAUAGAAGAGACAACCAGAAAUAAGAAAAAUAGUAGCACUGACGUGAAAGCUGAAAAGGUUCACAAGGCUGUAAAGGUUGAAAAGUUUUCAACAAAAGAAUCUGUCAAGGUUGAGAGAUCUGGCAGUUUUUCAAGGUCAGAAAAUGUUCGGGUGGAAAAAAGGGAAGUAAAUGGGGAUGCUGAGCCUGUCAAGGUUGAAAAGAUAAUUAAGGAGGCGAAGCAAGCUUCUCCUCUUGAAAAACCAACACAGGCACCCAUUGGGACCCCAAAGCUGACAGCAUUGGUUAGAUGUAAUGAUUCUUUGCGUGACAAAAUUCGGGAACUUCUUGUGGAGGCCUUGUCAAAAGUUGCUGGUGAGGUUGAUGAGGAAGAUGUUCAUGUAGUAAAUGCAUGUGAUCCAAUCCGGGUCGCUGUAUCUGUUGAAUCUGCCAUGUUUGACAAAUUAGGCCGGUCUAAUGGUGCCCAGAAACUCAAGUACAGAUCUAUAAUGUUCAACAUCAAGGAUCCAAAGAACCCUGAUUUGAGAAGGAAGGUUCUCCUUGGAGAGAUCAAGCCAGAGAGGCUUGUCACAAUGACCCCAGAAGAAAUGGCAAGUGAUGCUAGGCAACAGGAGAUUAACCAAAUUAAAGAGAAAGCUUUGUUUGACUGCGAGCGUGGUGGUGCACCAAAGGCUACAACUGAUCAAUUUAAGUGUGGUCGGUGUCGUCAACGGAAAUGCACUUAUUAUCAAAUGCAGACUAGGAGUGCAGAUGAACCUAUGACAACCUAUGUAACAUGUGUAAACUGCAACAAUCAUUGGAAGUUUUGCUAAUUUGAUUUCCUUUAUGUCUGCCAUUCUUGCGGAGAAGCAAUUGAGUAGAUUAUCUAGGAAAUUUGAUGAGUUUGGUCUUUUAACCUCUUAGAAUACAAUGCUUUUAUUGAUUUUUUUUUUCUUUGGGACAAUCUUCUUAUAGGGGUAAUUGGGCAUUUUCGAGGUGUCCUGAUUUGUAAGUCUAUGAAAAUCUUAAUUAAGUCAGAUACACUUCAUCUAUUGUUUCUACACAAGCUGUAUGACCUAGUUGUGUGCUUUUGUAUUUCCUCAAUGUUGUGGCCAGGAGGGCCAAUGUAGACUUAUAGCUUUCUCUUAUGUACUGGAUUUUUUUUUUUAAUAUAAUAGCAAUUUUGGGCUUUGGA